UGUUAAGAAAAAAAUGCAGACAUAAGUCCUUAUUGAGUCUUUUCUUUUUAAGGCAAACUGAUGAGCGUGAAGCUUUCGACUAGCCGCCUGCGUACUGCGCCGGGAAUGGGAGACAGAUCGGGUUGUUAUCGUUGCGGGCAGGAAGGCCACUGGUCCAAAGAAUGCCCUCUAGACCAAAAUGGCUUCCACAGAAACGGCUCAGAGCCAAAGUCUGAUGGAUACGAUGCCUCGAGAUUUGACGGGCGUGCUUGCAACAGGGGUUAUCAUCCGGACUUCAGUGGCGAUCCAGAUUACGGUGGUGGCUAUGCUCCUGUACAUGGUAUAUCCCGUGGUUCUGGUCACAGCAGCAGCAUGGCAGGGUACAGAAGGGGUUCAGGCUACGAGAGCGCAAUGAGAUACGGGCCGGUUCCAGGUCAAGGCAUUAGCGCUGUUGCUGAACAUAGCAUGGCUCGGGUGUAUGGCAGCGAGGCGGCAUACAUGAGCAACGGCUCACUCUAUGGCGCGGUACCAGCCUACCCGAUGCGACGGUCGUCUUACGAGGAAAGGGAUCCGUACGGUGUCGUGGACUACUACGGGAAGUACAGGGCCAAUUCUUACGGAGGCAGUUAUUUUGAGGAACGUCGCGCUGUCCACUUGCCGGCUCCAUCAACAUCCUCCACAGCUUUAAUGAGGGAUCGUCUGCCCCCCUCUAGCCACGACCCAUAUGAGUGCCCUCCCCUUCCUCCUCCACCAGCCCCAGUCUCCUCAUACUACGCACGUGACCGGAGUCCGAUUCGGAGAGUCCCUGUCGAGGCAGAUGGAUACGCAUAUGAGCGUUCGCGCAUUUCCCCUGUGCCCGCGCCCCCAAGAGGUUCUACCUAUGACCAUCCGCGGGAUCCCGGCGCUGAUCAGGCACGAUAUGCAUACUAAUCCUACUAAUCCUUGUAACAUACAGCCAGGUUAGAGUUGUCUGACAUUUGGUGGAUAGGAUAGCCUACGUGCCAGUGGAAUCACUGAAAAACAACGCCAUCAUAUCUUAUUGGUAAUAUCAAAAGCAAAAGUCAGCCCUCAGUGAGCUUGAGGCGUUUGGGUAGUAAGAACAAGGUUACAAUAAAGCUUACCAACCAUAAUAGCCAAUAAGUAGAUUUCACUGUGAAUGGUUAAAUACCCUCACAUGCUAUGAUCUCAUUCCAGGUACUUCAAAGUGCAGUACUAAUGCUUAGUCGACCACUUUCAUUGUCCUAUUUACAUGUUGUGGUAUUAGUGCAGUUCUGAGAUGGCUUAGCCUAGGUGCCGAUACUGUCUAUCUACAACCUGGUUGAUGUCUAUUCACGAAACUGAAGACCUGAAUUAUUCCCCCUCUAAAAGUAGCUAAAUGAUAUAUACACUAUUUAGACUCAAUUAAUAGAAACUAAUUAAAUUGGUGCAUGUUUUAUUAAAGGGGAGUCUUAGUCACAUUAAUUCAUUUUAAUAUUUUUUUUAGCGGCAUCUCAAACUGUGCAUUUUAGUAUAUUUGUGUUUGUGUACAUUCAAAUGUGAAUACUGUAUACUUCAUCACCUACAUUGUUUAACUUGUGGGAUGUCCCACCUGUACCAAAUAUGGACCUGCAGUUAAGUUGAACGUUUUAUCAAGCUGCAGCGUAAUUGUUUUUUUUUUUUUGUUUUUUUGUCAGUAGGCACAUUACCUAGAUUAAAAAGAUGUCCCUUGCUGUGAUAAAGAUAAGGCCUCACAUCUUGAAUAUAUGUUGGAGUUUCAUUAUGAAAAUCGCCUUAAUUGCCUUUGCUGUCUGUCUUGGUUUCUAUCGAGGUUAAAAUUAAAAUCUGUUUGUCUAAAGUCUGAAAACUGAUCUGUGUGUUUUGUGAAGUCAUCUGCUAUAUUGUCAAAUGGCAUUCACAGCAAAGUAAAACAGUCUGUCAAGUUGUAAGUUAACCACCUUGAUGAACAUAUAGCAGCAGCUUGUGUUGUUGACAUUAGUCCUGGAACAUAUCUACUCUGAAAUGUAGGAUGUCUUGACAUGAUAAAAUAAGGUGACACAUGCAGUACAGCGGGUUAGUGCGCAGAUACAAGAACAUUGGCAUGUACUCGUGUUACUGAUUUGGGUAUCACUAGUCACAAUCUGAUUAAUACUGUCCAUUAUAGCAAUAACAUUUACCAAUAUAUUCAUAUUCAAAAUUGUAGGUAUGGAUGACACUUUUAGAAGUCUGUAGCUAAGGUACUCUGUCAGAAAUGCUGCUGCUUUUUUGUCAUAGAACACCAAGUUCAAAUUGGUUAAUUUUGAUCAUUGAUGAUAAGCUGUAUUGAAUGCGCCACGCCAUUACAAAAACAAGUAUUCUCAUGUUUGGAUUUUAUUUGUACUUGUGGUAUAUAAAAGUACUUUUGAAAUCCAAUCUUUAAAAGCAGAGAAUAUAUUACAUGUUUUUCAUACGAGUGCAUACUUGGGAACAUUUAUUAAUUUAUUUUUUGGGGAAUAUUUAUUAAUAUAAAGUUCAUAUUCAGUGCCAUUACAUUUCAGUAAUGGGUGUGCUUGUUAGAAAUGGGUAGAACUAUAAGGGGAUUGAUAUCCAUAAGAGCCAAUCAGUUUUCAGAAUCAGGUUAAUUGAAAAAAAAAACUUUGCCCAGUAGAAUACGGCUGAUGGGGAGGAGCUUGGUGGGGCCAAUAGGACUGCUUUGUACUACAGCGGAUCAUCCCACGGUCAUGGGGGAUGGUUUUCCGUUGGGCGCCAUUUUGAUUAAAGUAAUGUGAGGGUGGAUUGUGGCCGACAUUGUCACAUAUUUUCUUAAUUUAAACAAAUUUAUACCCGAGUCGACUGACGUUUGACGGACACUAAGGCAUUUGAG